AUGAAAUGUGGUGGUCCUGCAGACACAUUCAGUGUGUGGUCUAAACCAGUAACCAUGAAAUGUGGUGGUCCUGCAGACACAUUCAAUUCUGAAUAUUCUAAUCAAUGUUCUGGUAGCAGUACUAGUUUAAACAGUGCUUGUAGUGUUACCAGUGUUGGUAGUACAAGCUCACCAAUUGUAUUCAAUGUCUCAGAAAAGACAGAUAGAGAAGAUGCUGUUCAGGGAAACAGUGUGUUUUACCGACCACUUUACAACAAUAAUUCUACCAGUGUUUAUAGCAAUGGUGGUAAAGGUGGAACAAGUCCUGUUCCCGUCCCACUCAAAAAAUACACCCCUGAUACGGACAAAUCAGCAGCAUCAUCAGGUUGUGGAAGUUGGCAGAUUAUAUCAAGGGCAGGAAGCUGCAAGGAUUCUGUUCCUUCAGAUAGCUCUAACGCUGCUAGUAGCAGUGGUAGCAGUAGUAGCGGUGGAGCUGGUCAAAGUCAUUUAUCAUUUCACAAUUCUGCAGCGAGUACUUACUCUGAAAGACACCAAAAACUAAGUGCUGUGAGAAUGGCUUUCAUCGCAGCCUACGACGAGAUCAUCGGUUACAAGAACGGUUCCGAAGCAAGCGUCUUCUCAUCAAUGCUUGAUAACUUGGCAUCCAAAAUAGGAAUCAAGAGCAGACUAUUUUAA